UUCGGGCAAGGGGGACGGCGGGCGAAAACGUCUCUCAUAGCGCUCCCGGCAACUACAGCGACAUGAAGUGUGCCAUCUUCUCUUUAGCCGCACUGCUAGGAUGCGCCGCCGCGGAGUUCAUCUGUCCGAGCGGAAACGGCUACUUCCCGGACCCGGAGCAAUGCGACAUGUACUACGAGUGCCGCCGAGGAGUGGCUACGCCAAAGCUGUGCGCUGACGGCAUGGCAUUCCACGACGGCAAUCCGCUGUACGCCCGUUGCGACUUCCUCGGAGCAGUGGACUGUUCACGGAGGCCGUACCUGCAGAAUGCCAAGUCUACUCGCAAGUGCCCCCGCGCCAACGGCUACUUCCCGCACGAAGAUUACCCGCGGGUGUGCCAGCACUUCUACACCUGCAGUGCCGGCGUGCCAUCCAAGCUCUCCUGCCAGAAGGGACUCGCAUUCAGCAUAAAGGCGGGCGGCUGUGAAUGGGCCGGCAGGGUGCCGGGCUGCGAGCACGAGGCCGCCUCACAGGAAUCAACGGACGCACCAGAGGGCCAGGUAGAAGAGUGAAAUCGAAGCUCCCGUUUUGAACUUUUUUUCCAGUGGCAUUCCCCGUUUCUGUUAUGAAUCAAUCCAAUACACUACACAGAAUUUCUUCUAUUACAGGCCCUGCAUUAAAAUGUGAUAAUAAAGAAUGUUUAUUUGUUUA